AUGUUAGAAUAUGUUUAUUUUUUGUGCUUAUUUACCCUCUCAUUGCAUGACUAUAUAUGCAGAUCUGAUUUUCAAGGAAAGAUAGUUGCAAUGUUGGCAAAAGUGCUAUUAUACGUUUUCAUUCCAUUAAUCGUGAAGUUUUGCAUCUGUGCUUCAGUUUUCUACUUCUUUAUCAGCUUCCGAUUUGAUCAGAUCAUUUGGUGUAUUUUGUCGAAUUCUAGUGUUAUUGAUGGUGAUUCGUAUUCUUCUAUGAAUGAGAGUGAAGAAGAAGAUGUUGAGAACUCAUUUUUUGAAGGUGGUGAAUCUUCAAGUUCAGUACAUGAUGCACAAUAUUUUGAUGAUAUAAUUGGAGAACAUGUCUAUAAGCCAGAUGUACCUGUUCAACUUAUUCCUUUUAAGGGUUUAGUCUUCAAAUCAUUAAAGUUGGCUAUCAAAAUGUAUUCUGAGUAUGCUGAAAUUGGUGGUUUUGAUGUUAGACUGAGCACACAGUCAAGGUUUGAUAACAAGAUUAUAAAGAAGAAACAUGUUAUAUGUAAUCAUGGUGGUAAACAGAAAAAGAAAUCUUGUGAAACAUUAGGUACAAGUGGUGUUAGGAGGAAACGAAAUUCAAAUUCAAGAGCUAUUGGUUGUCAAGCAAAGAUUUUAUUUGAAUCUGUGUAUGGAACUCCAGAUUAUAAAGUUUUUCAGUUUGAUGAACUUCACAACCUUCCACUUGAGAAGAGAAGCGAUUUAAAAAAGGCGAGACAAAUGUCAUAUUCAGAAAAAGAGUUUAUUGUGCGUGCUUCCACAUCAAAAAUAGGUCCAACUAUGGCUCAUAAGUUGAGGGCAAGUCUGAAACGUGGGUAUGAGUUUGUAAAGCCCAAAGUAGUUGACUAUAAAAAUUUAAAGAGAGAUAUCAACAGGGUUAUUGGUUAUAAAGAUGCCCAAAUGAUAGUAAACACAAUGAAUGACCGUCGAGCUCACUAUCCAAAUUACUCAUUUGAGUUUAAUUGUCAAGAUGAUGUUUUGGACUGUAUGUUUUGGGCUGAUGAAAUGGAGAAGGCAUAUUAUGCUGAAUUUGGUGAUGUUAUCUCGUUUGAUGCGACUUUCCGAACAAACAAGUAUCGAAUGGUUUUUGUUCCGUUUACUGCUAUUGACCAUCAUAAAAAAUCGGUUACUGUUGGAUCUGGGUUGCUAAGCAAUGAAAGCAUUGAGUCUUACUCUUGGUUGCUUAAAGCAUUUCUUAAAACUCAUGGGAAAGAACCAACACUUUUUUUAACUGAUCAAGAUGCUGCAAUAAAACAAGCUGUUGAGAAUAUAUCAAAUGAUUUAUUUACAAACACAGACUUUAGAAAAAGGUUUUCGAAGCUUGUUUGGGACAUUAAUAUGAAACCUGAUGUUUUUGAGGUGAAGUGGGGUUUGCUUAUGAAGGAAUUCAAUCUUGAAGACACAAGAUGGUUUAAAGACAUGUUUACAAUACGUGAUUCAUGGAUACCUGGAUAUUUUAGUGAUAUUACAAUGUGUGGUUUGAUGAAGACUACAUCGAGGUCAGAGAGUAUGAAUUCAUUCUUUAAUACAUAUUCAAAAAGUGGGAACUUACUUUUGAAUUUCAUGAUGAAUUACGACACUGCCAUUCAAAAGCAAAGGAAUACUCAACGAGAGCUUGAUAGGGCAUCAAAGAAAGCAUCAUAUAAAAUGCAAACACCUCGAGAAAUAGAACUGCAAGCAUCAAAGGUUGAAAUAAAAGCUGAAGAGAAAAAAAUAAAUUGCAGUUGUGAACAUUUUAAGUGUAUGGGUGUUUUAUGCAGACAUGCUUUUACAAUAAUGAUGAGAUGUGGUAUUAAAGAAAUUCCUGAAAGUUUUGAAUCAUGUUUGGAUAUUGUAAGAGAUGACAAAAAGAGAUUGACUUUGUUUGCUGAGAAACAACAAAUGUUGUUGAAGGAGUUUGAGAGUGAUUAUAUUUCUCCUGGAUUGAAAAGCAAGACAGAUGGUGAAGUCGUAUGCAAGCUUUUGGGUGUUACUAUUCCUAUUCCAGAAGAGAUUAAUAUUCAUGUUCCUGAAGUUCAAAGCAAUAAAGGUACUGGAAUCAAGAAAAGAAUUCCAAGUGCAGGUGAAGUAGCAUAUGAAAAUUCUAAAAAAGAACAUAGAAUGUGUUCAGGAUGUGGAAAGCGGGUUCCACACAAUUUACGUACUUGUCCAGAAAGAGUUGGAGCUGCUAAAUCAGCAAAAGACAGUUAG